AUGUUCUCUUCGUCUAGCAUUCUUCUCCUCUGCUUUGGAUGGCUAGCCCACGCGGCCACAGUCACAUACGACUUCAACAUCACUUGGGUCACCGCCAACCCUGAUGGCCUUCUCAACCGACCGCUCAUCGGAAUCAAUGGCCAAUGGCCUGUACCAUACAUCACUGCAACUGUGGGAGACCGCGUUGUGGUCAAUGUACUCAACCAACUCGGCAACGAGUCCACGAGUCUGCACUUCCAUGGUAUUUACCAGAAUGGGUCUACGGAAAUGGAUGGUGUUACCGGCGUGAGCCAGUGUCCCAUUCAACCAGGAGGAUCGUUCACAUACAACUUCACGAUUGAUCAGCCAGGUACAUACUGGUAUCACUCACACGAGACUGCCCAGUAUCCUGAUGGUCUUCGUGGACCGUUGAUCGUCAAUGAUCCCAAUUCUCCUUACAAGGGGCAGUACGAUGAGGAGAUGGUGUUGACCGUGUCAGACUGGUAUCACGACGAAAUACCGAAGCUCAUGAAGAGUUUUAUCAGUGUGACCAACCCAACGGGGGCUGAGCCAAUACCAAAAUCUGCCCUCAUGAAUGACACCUACAACCUCACAACGCCAAUCGAGCCUGGAAAGACUUACAUGUUCCGCAUUAUCAACGUAGGCGCCUUUGCCGGUCAAUACUUCUGGUUCGAAGGCCACACUAUGACGAUCGUGGAAGUUGACGGCAUCUAUACCGAGGCUGCCGAAGCCGACUUGAUCUAUAUCACUGCAGCACAGCGUUACAGCGUUCUCGUCACAAUGAAGAACGAUACCUCUACCAACUACGCCUACGUUGGAAGCAUGGAUCAGAGUUUGUUCGACACGGUUCCUGCAUCCCUCAAUCCAAACGGCACUGGCUGGCUCGUCUACGACGAUACAGCACCUUUGCCCGCGCCUGCUCUUCUUGACACAUUCAACGAGUUCGACGACUUCACGCUAAUUCCAACAGACGGUGAAGAGCUCCUCGGCCCAGUCGACUACUCUUUCAACCUUGACCUGAAGAUGGACAACCUAGGGGACGGAGCCAACUAUGCAUUCUUCAACGAUAUAACCUAUGUCCGCCCCAAAGUCCCAACCCUCUACACUGCUCUCUCCGCUGGCGACCUCGCGAACAACGCCACCAUCUAUGGCAUCAACUCCAAUCCCUACAUCCUAGAGCAUAACGACGUUAUAGAGAUCAUCCUCAACAACAACGACACAGGCAAACACCCCUUCCAUCUCCACGGCCACGCUUUCCAAGCCGCCGCACGCUCAGACAAAGAUGCCGGUAAAUACGUUGGAAACGAGACGUUCGCAGCGGUGCCAAUGAGGCGGGAUACUUUUAUGGUGCGGCCGAUGGGAAACAUCGUCCUAAGGUUCAGAGCGGACAAUCCUGAUACGUCUCCCUUCCCCUGCCCCUUCCCAUCUCCUAUCAAUCCCCCAGCUAACCCGAGACCUUGCACGCAUCUGGUUCUUCCACUGCCACAUCGAAUGGCACCUCGCCUCCGGCCUCAUCGCCACCAUGAUCGAAGCCCCCGCCCUCCUCCAAACCACCCUAUCCAUCCCUCCCUCCCACCUCGACGUCUGCACCGCCCAGAACAUCCCCACCGUCGGCAACGCGGCCGGCAACACCGUCGACCCGCUCGACCUGACCGGCGCCCCGGAGCCCCCCCGCCCCCUGCCGGCCGGGUUCACGGCCAAGGGCAUCGUGGCCUUGGUCUGCAGCUGUCUGAGCGCUUUUGCGGGCAUCGCCGUCAUUUCUUGGUUGGUGCUCCUUCCUUCCCUCCUCCUUACAUUGUUCCGGACUGCGGGGUGCUGAUGGCGGUGCGGUGUGUUAGGUACGGCGCGGGUGAGAUCGGCAAGCAGGUGCCGAGCAAAGGGACCGAGGAGGCUGUCGCGGCUGCGGGGGUCGAAGAUGAGAUUGGUGGCGAUGUCGUUGGGGAGUGA